CUAAAAGUUUUCUCCAGCAAUUUGAUUGACACGUUUGAUAUUUUACCGUGGAACUGCAUCGAUGCAGCCGAAGGAUGCGUGUGUGAAAGUGGACGGACUAGCGUCAGUCAUGGAGCCUGAGCUGAACUGCAGCUCCCGGUGUGAUUCCACACUCUGCUUCAUCCACCCAGGAGUCCACAGACAGGAGGGCCUCGACAUUCUGCAGAGACUAUGCAGUCUCAGCACGAUGGCAGUGGAGCUCCCAAGGCGGUCUCUCUCCCCAGUGUUAAGUGCUGUAGUGUGGAUGCUGCUCUCCUGUGGCAUCCUGCUGGCUUUCGGCUUCCUCCUCUUCACCCUGCGCUUCAAAAACAACAGGAUAGUGAAGAUGUCCAGUCCCAACCUGAAUGUCCUGACUCUCUUUGGAAGUGUCCUCACCUACAGCAGCGGCUUCCUGUUUGCCGUUGGUGAACGAUCACACUCACAAGAUGGAGCAUCCACAGCGGUGCUACAAGCUCGGAUGUGGACUCUUUGUGUCGGCAGUACCCUGGUGUUUGGCCCAAUUUUGGGGAAGACGUGGAGACUGUACAGAGUGUUCACCCAGCGAGUUCCUGACAAGAGAGUGAUAAUCCGAGACAUCCAGCUGAUGGGCAUGGUGGCUCUGUUGAUCGUGGUGGACAUGCUGGUUCUCACCGCCUGGAACCUCACCGACCCCAUCAAGUGUUCGCGAUCUGUCGGAGCUGUAGUCAAGGUGGUGGAGAAAGACGUUUCCUACUCUUUGUCCCAGCUGGACUCCUGCUCCUCUGUGUACUCGGAUCUAUGGGUUAUCCUUAUUGCUGUUCAGAAGGGUUGUCUUCUCCUCUAUGGGACUUAUCUAGCUGGGCUGACCAGCAACGUCAGCCACCCUCCAGUCAACCAGUCUCCCACCAUCAUAACAGCCGUCACUUUGGUCACCCUGUUUUCCGCUGUGGCCGUUCCUGUUACCAUGUUCCUGCAGGCUUGGCCCAACCUGGUCUACUGCACUGUAGCUGGAGCCAUUUUCAUCUGCACACUGGCUACCAACUGCAUGCUGUUUGUGCCUCAGCUGACCCAGUGGCGGCAGUUUGAAGAAGACCACAACAACCCAAGUCAGAUGGCCAAGUAUUUCAGCAGCCCCAGUAAGAGCCAGCCCUCGGUGUACAGCCAGGAUGAGAUGUAUUACCUGCUUGGGGAAAACAACUCCAUGAAAAAACUCCUUAAUGAGAGGAACGCUGCGAUUGACAGUCUGCAGGAGCAGGUGAACAAUGCCAAGGAUAAACUCCUGCGACUCAUGUCAGCCAGCCAGCCAGCCGAGGACAUGGACUCUUCCAACACCAACCUCAACUCCUCCUCCACUCAGACCACAGAGCUUCAGUCUGACGGCCCUUCUUCUUCUUCUCUACCUCAAAGAGUCACUAAAUCCCAACUUUCUCCACCCCAUCUCUCCUCUCCCCUCACUGCAGCUGUUGUGACGCUGUCAUCUGAGCCUCCCUAUGCUCCAAGCUCCUCAACCCCCAUUGCUGCUUCCUCUCCUCUCCAUGGUGAUAUUUAUAAUAGUGAAAACUUAAUAGGUGUUUCUACCACUGGCCUUACAGGCAGAGAUACAGCUGAGAGGGGAGCAGGGGAGGAUCUUAAACAGCCUGUGUCCCUCCAGUCCCCUGGCUCACUCAGGACAGCAGAAGAGACAAUUCACUUUGUCACUUCCCUACAAUCUCCUAGAGGGUUAAACCCCUCUCAGGUUGAAACUUUCAACAAUCAGAGUGGCCUAACAUCCCAGCUCGGACCAAAAGCCAGACCGACUGGUUUUGUCAGCAGCGAGCAGUUGCAGGAGAUCCUCCAGGAGCUGAGUGUGGAUGCAGUCAUGGAAAUUGCACUUCGAUCACCGGGUCAGAUGUCUAGAAGGCCUUCUCAGCUAAAAUUUACAGAAUCCUCCGCACUUUCCCCUCUCUCACUGCGGACACCACGCUCAUCUCAUCCACCUGUUCUCUUCCGCUACCCCAGCAUCUCCCCCUACGCGAUGAGGAAGCGCCGGCCGCCCUUCCAAUCCUCCAGAAGAGGGUUGGCCCCUCCCUGUGUCUACGUAGGCUCAGAGGCUGCUGGUUGUGUAAAGAUAAGGGACAACUGUGAACACAAAAAUCCAGGCAAGCACCCUGACGCGUUCACUGUGGAUGGUACCCUCCUCCAGGUUCACAACACUGAACUCGAUCUGGAGGAGGAGGAGGAGGAGGAGGAAGAUGCAGAAGGGAAUGAAGCGAUAAGAAAGCGUCGGAGGCGUGUUUCAAGGUCCCACAGAUGUUCAGUCUUGCCCUGCGCAGAUCACACAACUCCACCUGAUGUGGAAGCGGGUGUUGAUAAUGAGCAGCACCACAGACAUAUUAGAGACUCCUGUGGGUACUGGGACUCUGACUCUAGCAGUUCAACAGACUACUGUUACUACCACCGUCCGUACUGUGACUCCUGCCUGCAGCGAGGCUCUCUCCUGUCCUCAGACACCUCCUCAGACUCCUCUGACAGCGAGUACGAAGGCUACGCCAACCUGUACCGCUCCCCACACCCUGUGGUGUUCAAAGAAGACCUCAAACCCACCUUUGUAUGAGCACAGAUUUACUGCACUUUACAUGUUCCAUCCAUUUCCACCACUUUAAUUCAUGUCCGAAGAAACUUCAUAAUUAGCUUUUAGGAUACAGAUAACUAGCAUAAAGCUAAUGUGCUUCUAUAAUGGGAGAUCCUUUGACUGUAGCUGAAUGUGUUUUCAUUCCGUAUGAAGCGUUGGUGUUCUUGAAUCUUUCAUCUUGGGACUGAGUGAUUCUUUUAUUAGAUUUAUGAAAACUUUUGCAGCUCACAAGCACACAAUGCUGUCAACGUUUUAAUAUGACUAUUUCUGCUGUCAGAUGAAAUCCCUUACUUUCCACAAAUGUCUGACAUUUAGAGUAACAAAUAAAAAACUCAGAAAUGCUUAAUUAAAGGUUUUCACAGAACAGUUGAAAGGUGCACUAUGUUUGGUAUUGUGCAAAUGCUGUAUUUAUUUUAA